CCACCCUGCUCCGAGCUUUAAUGGUACAUGCCAUUAGAAAGCCCAUCUCUGAAAGGGAGGAGGGGAGGGUGGUCUCAAUCUCAGCAAAGAGGCUACUUUAGUCCCCCGACAUAAGCACAUUCACAGAUGUCUCUGCACGCGUAAAGGCGUCUCACCCCUCACGACGGAGCAGCGAUACCUCUGUGAGAAGAAGCAACGCGCUGCGGAGAGAGAUGAUCAGAAAGGAACAGAGAGAUAUAAAGACGGGAUAAGGGGAGGGAAGCAGAGCUGGAGCAAGGAGAGGUGUGAAGACUAAACCGCGGAGCAAAAACAUACAUCGAUGCCAUUACUGACGUCUCGCCUCACGCGCCUGUUUCAGCUGGUGUGAGCGCGAGAAGAGGAGAGGAGAAUAAAUCCUGGUAGCCUCAUUCCUCUCUUUGCUUUGCACCCCGAUUCUAUUUUUUGUAUCAUCCAUGGCAUGAAGGCGGGUGUCUGCUGGCGCGGCAGAAUAAAAGAAGAGGAUGCUUUAACUGCUGCCUCUCUGUCAACAAGGGACACGCAAGAAGAAGAGGAAGAAAAAGAAAAGUGGGGGACAACACACAGCAGGGACAAAACUAGGAUUUCUGCCGCAUGCGCUGGGAAUAGCAGUCACACAUUGAAGUCUCCAAAUGAGGGGCCAGCCCUGAGGAAAGGAAACUAUCAGGAGAGUUUGGAUAUACCUGGUGACACGGCUUCCAUCUUAUCUGACCACCGUCACCUGCACACAUCUCUUCUCUCCAGACGACACCAAUCGAGGAAGGCUUUAGAAGAAGAGCAGUGGCAGUCUCCAACGACACUGACGCAGGGAGGAGAGGAAUACACAGGAGGAGGGACUUGUGCUUGCAGCACAUAGGCAGAAGUCUGUUGUCCGGACCCAGAGCUGUCUGUCUGUGUGGGAAGACACAGCAGAGCUGAAGGAGGAGGAAAUGGUUGGCUGAGGUGUCAUGGAGAACGUCACCACUACAUAGCUUGUCCAGUAUGUGGUGUGGUCUUUCCUGCUGCACAUCAACUGUGGUGCCAUGAUCCAGUUUUAACUGUGGGUAAUGUUGAGCCAAAUAACCGAUCCUGGAGAUGCCGAAGAGAAGAGAUAUUCUUGCCAUCGUGUUGAUCGUGUUACCUUGGACGUUGCUCAUCACUGUUUGGCACCAAAGCGCUAUAGCUCCCCUCCUCGCCAUUCGCAAGGCCUGUCACCACCUAGUAAAAGAGAUCUUUAUCAUUCCAGAGAGGCUUGCAGUCCGCCACCACCGGCUCUCAGAUGAUGGUGUCGAGGGGAAGAGGGAGGCAGGCGGCCAGGCUCAGGACUCCAAGGAAUACUGUGCCUCAGAUAAGGACAUAGUGGAGGUGGUGAGGACAGAAUAUGUAUACACACGGCCUCCACCCUGGUCCGAUGUGCUGCCCACCAUCCAUAUCAUCACCCCUACAUAUAGUCGUCCGGUCCAGAAGGCGGAGCUCACGCGGCUGGCAAACACCUUCCUCCAUGUUCCUAACCUGCACUGGAUCCUGGUGGAGGACUCCCAAAGGAGAACACCUCUUGUGACAAGACUCCUCAGAGAAACUGGGCUUAACUAUACUCACCUCAAUGUAGAGACACCCAGGAACUAUAAGCUAAGGGGUGACACUCGAGACCCCAGAAUCCCCAGGGGCACCAUGCAGAGGAAUCUGGCCCUGCGGUGGCUGAGGGAAACCUUCAACGCCAACAGCAGCCAAGCAGGGAUCGUCUACUUUGCUGACGAUGACAACACAUACAGCCUGGAGCUGUUUGAGGAGAUGAGAUCGACUCGGAAAGUUUCAGUAUGGCCUGUGGCCUUUGUGGGCGGCUUGCGGUACGAGUCCCCCAAGGUCAACGCAGCUGGGAAGGUCUACGGCUGGAAGACAGUGUUCGACCCGCAUCGGCCCUUUGCCAUUGACAUGGCUGGCUUUGCCAUCAACUUAAGGCUCAUCCUUUUCAAGCCGCAAGCGUAUUUUAAGCUUCGUGGGGUGAAAGGAGGCUACCAGGAGAGCAGUUUGCUCCGGGAGCUUGUCACACUCAACGACCUGGAGCCUAAAGCAGCCAAUUGCACUAAGAUACUUGUUUGGCACACGAGAACAGAGAAGCCAGUCCUCGUAAAUGAGGGGAAGAAAGGAUUCACAGACCCCAAUGUGGAGAUUUGACCUUCUCCCCUCAGACCACGGUGAUUUGCCUUGGACCUGCAGAGGAGGAAAACAGCCGAGCCUCUUGAUAAGUGCAACCAGCACUCAGUCUUAAUCAUCAGAAAAAAGGAAAUGGGGGGGCCUUUGAAAGAGGAUUUAAUCCUCUUGGCUGACAUUUAAAAAUAUGGACUCCUACAGUUUAAAUGUAUCAUACUAAAGCACAGAUUAGUGACAAGCGGCAGUCACCGGGUCUGAGACUGAAGUGCAGAGGAAACGAAGCGUCACAGGGCCGCUGUGGACAGUCAUGACCUGCACGUUCACAGCCUGCCGAGGACAACCUAACAAAAGAGACAGCAGCACAAUAUGACAAGCAUACAGCCAGCAGAUUCAACCAAACAAGCAGGUUAAAGAAGAUCCUUCACCUCAAAUAACUACGGGAAAAAAAUGAAUAUUGUCUGGAUCUGCACAUGGGACAAGAAGUUCCUCUUGACUUUAAGCCUGGAAAAAAACACAACUCCAAGGACAAAUGUGUCUCAUCUGGACUUUUGCAAACACAAACAUUGCAAGGGAAGGAAUGUUCUUUUGAUAACUAUAAAAUGUUUGCUUUAAUUUAAUUUAAUCGGUUUGAGUAUUUUACAAGCACUUGACUUGCUAGUUCAAUUCUCUUGACUCUUACCUACAUUUACUCUUGGGUUAUCAUCGUUCAUUUUAUAGUGUCAUUAUAACUCAUGCAUUUAAUUCAUCCCAACACUUGAGGAGAGACUGCUGUUUUAAUUGUACCCAUGGUGGUGCUUGGGAAACAUCUAAUCGCAAGAUUGCUUUAAGCACUUAAAAAAAUAUACACAAAAUUAUCUUCCUUUGUGUAAAUAGUAACUUAUGAGAACAAUCAGAGGAUCGAUGGCAUAUAGUGACAAAAACACUGUAAUUACUGUAUUUAUAAGGAAAAGUAAACACAAGUCUCUUCUCUUC